AUGAAUCGUAAUUGGUUAGCUACAAAAGUUUGGCUAGGUACCCCAGAUGUGAAUAUUUCGAAUAAAGAAGUCCCAGAUCAGUAUUCUACGUUUCUAGGUGAUUCCCCUGUAUUUUUGAACAAUGUUUCAGUGAACCCAGAUGACAUUCGCUGUGGAAACUGUAACUCUUAUUGCCGUUUUGUACUUCAAUGUUAUGCUCCCAUAGAAGGGGAUGAAAGCAAAGAGCGUGUGCUGUAUAUAUGGGCUUGCCAUGAACAGGCGUGUAGAAGAUCUCCCAAAUCAAUGAUUUGCUUACGUGGGGUUCAAAUCAUCCAACCUGCGAAACAAGAAACUGAACUACCUAAAAAGGCACUAACGGAAGAAAUAUUUAAGCCGGAAAAGAUUAAUCCAUUCACGUCUUCCUCCAAUACAACAAAGGCUGCAAAUCCUUUCUCUAGUUCCUUUUCUUCGCCCAACCCUUUCACCUUGUCUUCUCAACCGCCAUCUUCUCACCCUAAUCAGCUUAAUGAUGAAAAGGAUCUGAUGAAAACGCAGACUUCAUUUGCCUCUAUGGCACUUUCUGGUGCUAAUAAAAAUCCGGAAUCGAAGAACUCCACAUCUGAUAAGGUGUAUGUUGAUGCUCAGAAUAUGCCUAUUCAUCCUCAGGUUACUACUACAUAUGACUAUCCUAUUAUUUCAAAAUUUCCAGGAAUGUUCUUAACGUUCGAUUCGGAAUACCUACCGAAGUCAUUGAGGGCAAAAGAAAUGAAAGAAGCUUCAAGUUCUUAUAAGUUACAGGAAAAUUUGGAUGCCUAUGGAACCUGGGAUAAUGAAUCAUAUGAGAAAUCACCUGCUGUCUAUGAAAAGGCUUUUCGAAAGUUUACUGAACUUAUAUCACACAACCCUACUCAGUGCGUGCGUUAUGAACGCGGCGGAAAACCUUUGUUAGCUUCUAAUAGAGAUACAGUUGGAAAUAUGUUUACCGAAGUUAAUCCUUACAGUAAUCCUUUUCCCACUUGUUCUCUUUGCAAGUCUCCAAGAAUAUUCGAAAUGCAGCUUAUGCCCUACUCAAUAUCUGUGCUGAAUGAUGAAGUGGCAGAAUGGUCUACAAUCUUAGUUGCUACUUGCUCUAUGGAUUGCAGACCGCCAUUAAAUAAGAAUCAAGUUGGUUAUGCAAAGGAAUGGGUUGGUAUACAAUGGGAGUAA